AACCAACCAACCAACCAACGACGCGACGACAACGAAACCAACAGUUUGUGUCGAGCAUAGAGAAAGUAAAAACCUCCUACUUGCUGACAGUAUUCUCGAAUUUCAGAAAAUCUCGUUCGAUACUACCAAUAGUGGUGGUGCAACUGUGCCCUUUUAUAAAACCCAUAAGAGCGCAGUCGCGCGCCAAGUCUUAUUGGGUGGGAGGUGAUCAGCUGUGAUAGAACAUAACACACACGAGGACACACAUCGAGAUGUUCGUCCUGCAGAAAUCUAUAUUAUCAGCUUGCAGCAGAAAUUCUGGAGGAUCAUGGGCACGUGUUUUACCACCUUCACAUCCUGCGAUAAAGGAUACGAGACAAAGGGAUAUUCACGAAGUUUCUGGAGAUGUUGUUCCUAUCAACAUGGUUAAGGGUAUCGGACAUCUCAGAGAUCCUCGUUUGAAUAAGGGUUUGGCUUUUACACUGAAGGAGAGAAUAUCAUUGGGAAUUCAUGGUCUCCAACCACCACGAUUUAAAACUCAAGAAGAACAAUUGGCAUUAUGCAAGGCUUCGGUUAUGAAAUAUACCGAAGAUUUAAAUCGUUAUCUUUACCUUGUCGAAUUACAGGAAAGAAACGAAAGAUUAUUUUUCCGAUUAUUAAGUGAAAACAUCGAACAAAUGAUGCCAAUUGUUUAUACACCAACUGUUGGAUUAGCUUGUCAAAAAUUUGGUGUCAUAUAUCGUCGACCACGUGGAUUAUUUAUAACAAUAUACGACAAAGGUCACAUUUAUGAGAUUCUCAACAAUUGGCCAGAACAAGCAGUUCGUGCAAUUUGUGUUACCGAUGGCGAGAGAAUUUUAGGUUUGGGUGAUUUAGGUGCCUGUGGUAUGGGAAUACCAGUUGGAAAAUUGGCACUUUACACUGCUUUAGCUGGAAUAAAACCUCAUCAAUGUUUACCAAUUACUAUAGACGUUGGUACAAAUAACGAACAACUACGUGAUGAUCCUCAUUACAUUGGUUUAAACAAACCAAGAAGUCAAGGUGCUGAAUAUGAUGAAUUGAUCGACGAAUUUAUGGCUGCUUGUGUACGAAAAUAUGGACAAAACGUUCUUAUUCAAUUUGAAGAUUUUGGAAAUCACAAUGCUUUUCGUUUUCUGGACAAAUAUCGUGACAAAUAUUGCACUUUUAACGAUGACAUUCAAGGAACAGCUGCUGUAGCAGUUGCUGGUAUACUUGCAUCGAAAAGAAUAACAAAAAGAAAAAUGUCUAAUAACAAAUUUGUAUUUCUUGGUGCUGGUGAGGCAGCAAUAGGAAUAGCUGAUUUAUGCGUGAAAGCAAUGGAAGCUGACGGUUGUACAGAAGCCGAAGCUAGAAAUAAUAUUUGGAUGAUGGAUAUCGAUGGUUUGUUGGUUAAAAAUCGUCCUGAGGGUAAUCUCGAGGGUCAUAAAAUUUGGUAUGCUAAAGAUUACAAGGUAAUGAAAUCAUUGAUCGAUGUUGUUCGGGAAAUUAAGCCAACAGUUUUGAUUGGAGCCUCGGCAGCUGCCGGUGCUUUCACCCCAGAAGUUCUCAAAGAAAUGGCAAAGAACAACGAAAGACCAUUAAUAUUUGCUUUGAGUAAUCCAACAAGUAAAGCUGAGUGUACUGCACAACAAGCUUACGAUUUUACAGAUGGUAGAUGCAUAUUCUCAUCUGGCUCACCCUUUGGCGAAGUGAAACAUAAUGGAAAAACUUACAAACCGGGCCAGGGUAACAACGCAUACAUUUUUCCUGGAAUUGCAUUAGGCGUUAUUGCAACUGGAGUGCAUCAUAUCACUGAAGAUUUAUUCCUCAUUUCUGCUCAAUCAAUAGCCGAUCAUGUGACUAAUGAAGAUCUUGAAAUGGGUAGUUUAUAUCCACCCUUGAGUACCAUUCGUGAAUGUUCUAUCGAUAUUGCUGUUAAAAUAGCCAAUUAUGCUUAUGCCAAAAGUGGUUUAGCUAGCGAAUAUCCCGAGCCAAAGGAUAAACGACAAUUUAUUGUCAGUAAAAUGUAUGAUGCCAAUUAUGAUAGUCCACUGCCAAAUUUAUAUGAUUGGCCAAGUGAUUAUGCCGAACCUCGUGUAUUACCAGACAAAUUAUAACGUGUUGGCGAGUGUUUAACAAGGCAGCGCCUGUGAACAAAACAAAAAUAUACAAAUAUAUACACAAACACAAACAUAUACCUACAACAACACAUACCACACACUCGUUUCUAAAUUUAUUUUAAUGACUGAAAAAGUACGAUCGUUUUCUUAGCCCUUAACGAAUCUAUUCAUUAAAUACUAUUAUUAUUAUUACUAUUAUUAUUACUAUUAUUAUUACUAUGAAGUGAUUAAUUAAAUAAUUCAAUGUGAUUAUAUAAUCAUAAAAAAGUAUUAAAAUAUAAUUAAUAUUCCAUAAUUAUCAAUAUGGUUGUUGUUAAAAAUAGUUAAGGGUUGAGGAUGGUCAGACCGAACAGUAUUUAAAUUAUGAUAAUUAAUUAACAAACAAACAAAAACAAAAAAAAAA